AGUAAACGUGGCGGGCAGAUCGAAUUGAACUACUACGGAACAAAAUGCAAGAAGACAGCCCAGGUAGCAGGGGAAAACGCACAAGAAAUGAACGUUACAGUACACCGACAAAGCCAAAGCAGUUGUCUGUGAAAGCUGCACGGCAAAAGGCAAAGGAAUUUGCCACAAAAGAUGACAAGUCUACUCGUGUGUUGGCAAAGCAAGCCAUAUUGAAAGAACUCAGUACUCAACUUGUUGUCAGAGCUCACGGUGUUGUUCCAAAAAAUCGAAGUGAGGAGGAACACACUCAGGAUCAUCCAGGUACAAUGGCAGAAAACAUGUUUCAUUUGAACCAAAGUGUUUUAGCUGACAUAUGUUUGGCGGGAAAUUUGAAUAUUGUAUGAGCCAAUGUCAUGCUUCCAUAUUGUUCUUUACUCAAAUUUCAUUUGCCUUUGUCACGGGCUAUGGUAACGUGCAACAACGAGUUUCAUAGAAAGAAAAACAUAAUUUGAACCUAUGAUGAAACUGAACCACUACUGUAAAUCGGGUACAUACAGUACACAUGUCAUAUCUAUAGUAAGUCCUUGAUAGCCAGACCAGUCUGAAACACAUGAGAUAAUGUGUGUGAGGGUAUUUUCAGCCUUGUGCUUGAUGGCUUCUUUCCCUUUUUUCUUUUCUUUUUUUUUUUUUCAAAGCAGACAUAACAGACCAUGGUAAGAUUUCCGCAAGCCCCAUACUAUUGUAAAACAAAUCUGUUUUCCCAAUGGCAAUCUAUUGUUUUUGUUAUUGUUUUCUCUAUCCAAGAACUGAAUGCAUAAUGUAGUAUGGGGCUGUGUGGAAAUUUUACCCAGAUUAUUUCUUUGCACUUUUUUUCCAGUGCAUUUGACAUUAAGCGAUACAAAGAAAGAGGAACUGAAACCAGUUAAAUCAACGUCCAAGAUUCCAAGGUAAUGAUUUAUCACCAACAAGGAUACUCAACUGUGAUAUUUUUUGUUGUCAAGCAGUUACUACAAAGUAUGAGAAGUGGCAGAGACACUCAAUAAGCGGGGAGAAAUGCAUGGUUUAAUUUACAACCACAUUUCUUUUGAGUUACCACUGCUGUGAAGGUACUUUAUAAUGUAUAGUCAUGGGUUCUCUAUUUGUUUAAUUCUUAAACUUCUUGUUUAACUGUCAACAGAAGAGUGGAUGAAGCUUAUACCAGUAUACGAAACAAAAGACAAGCAAAAUCUGUCACACAACCUAAAAGGAAGAUUCCUAAAAAAGAAGCAGGUUUUGCUGAUAAAAGAGACAACCAACAUGAAGAAAGAAGGAAUAGGUAUACGAUAUAAUUAUUAUUGAUUCUUCACUAUUAAUUGAUCUUUGUGCUGCUGAACUAAUCAUCAAAUUUUUUUGCACUUUGAAUCAUCAUCAAAAUAUUUUUGUAUCUAUAAAGGUUUUUAGCUAAGAAGUAUCUAUUGAUCUGGGAAAAGAAGACAUAUGGAAGAUUAACUCUAGCUACAGCAAGGUAACAGGGAGCUAGUUUAUUUGCAGUAACUUCCUACAGCACUUGGUAAACCAAUGAUUGAAUGUUACUUUGAUUUUUUAUAACUUACUGGACAGUAUUUAUUUACUGUAUACAUGCACUAUGUGGUUAAAACUUAGUUUCAUUGCCAUUAUUGGAUUUGGAAUGAAAUUUUUGAUCUAUUUGUACUCCUGAAAUCUGAAAUAGGACUGAUUUCUAGCAUUAAUGUUCUAUUUCUUAUUAGUUGGAAAAAAUGCGAUUUUAAGAAAAAAUAUGUGCAUUUAUUUAUAAAAUUGGAUCUGUAAACCAAUCGUAUUGCGAGGAUCAGUAAUUAUAUCAAAAUGGAUAUAUUGAAUAUGAAUUAUCAAAUAAUGCUUUUGAAACAACUUAAGGAGAACAUUAGGUUUUCAUUAAUUAUUAGGGUGAAAACUUUUGAAAGGGGUUCUGGUGAGGAAUUAUUGUUGAGUAAUAAUUUGCAUAUUACCAUCAUUAUUGACUUACAGAGCCCAUUAUGAAAGAAAGCUUAAGCAACAUACACUGCAGGUAUGGCAGGAUAUUUGGUGGACAGGGAGAAAAGGGUGGAAGCUUAAUGUCAGAGCUGAUUAUCACAAUAGGUAAAGAUCUAUAUUUGUACACUGUUGCAUUUUUAUGAGAGAUAAAUCACAAUUUAACAAUGUAUUUAACAUUGUAAAACUCAUCAUACCCCAACCCUUACUAAGGCAUACAUGUACUGUAUGUGGAAAUGUAAUGAUAUGAAUUGUACAGUAUAAGUUUGAUUAUAAUACAUUAGUGAAACUCCUAUAAUGAUAACCACCCAUAAAGGCAUAGACUCCCUUCCAACCAGCCAUGUGAGAGGAAACAUCUAAUAAAUAUUUUUUGCUUGAAUUGUAAUACAGUACUUCGAUAGCAGAGAUACACACAUCUUGGUACUCUGUCACUUAUUAUGGAAGUAUGCACAUACACGUAACAUGCUAAAAUUAAAUUGUAGAAUAUCUAGCAGAUCCUCUACAGAGUACCUAGGCUAUUGUCAUUAAUGCUAUGGUCAAUUUGCCAUUGGUGUGUCUUGUGUAGAUGUACAAGGUCUAACCCUGCAGUUCAAACUUGUUAGAAAGGCACUUAGUACACUGAGUUAUCCUUAUUAUGUUACAAAGAGGCUACAGAAGGGACUUACUCCUCUAUUUCCCUUUUUUAAUUCCUUUGUCCAAUAUCUAUUUGGUAAAUGUUCAUGAACAUAUAUCUUUUAUUUAUCUUCAGAUAUAGACUUUGGCAAAAGUCUUGGAAAGCAUGGAGACAGUACAUUAUUUAUUGCCAAACAAAAGCAGCAAAGGAUAAGUUGGCUCAUCACAGGGGUGAGGAAACUAUUUUGUGUCCAGGUUGAAGUUGGACUUAACUGUAGCACAAUGUUGGCAUAUUUUGUUUUCAUUGAGAUGCAAAUGAUAAUGAACACUGAUUAUGGCAAGAUUUUAAUUGUCUUUGGUCUGAUUGUCCCAGUGAGAAUGAAUCUGGUGAUGGUUCAAAAACCUGAAUAAAGUCAUUCUCAGAAUCUUGAGAUGACCUCUGCUUAAGUUUGUGAAGCUUAAUGAGUCACUGUCACUGUCACUUGUAACAGCCCUUUGCAAGACUACUUUCAUCCAGAUGAUCAAAAAACACACUUGACUAUUACUUCUGGGUUUCAAACCAGUUACAGUGCAGCAAUGUUAUUAUUAGAAGGAAGAUAGUCUAUUUUUUUCUGAUUAUUAUCAAAAUUAUUAUUAAAAAUUAAAAUCCAGAUUUUCUUUCUGAUGUGUACCUGUUGAAAUUAUACAGAAAAUUAUUUGCAUAAUAUGUAGAAAUGUAAUUUUCGUCUACAGCUUGUCUGUAAUUUCAUUAUUCAUCCAAAUUGAAGGAAUCUUUGAACUAUUUUUGAUUUUAGUAAUAGUGUUUUAUAGCCUUCAUCUGGUGAAGUACAAUUAUUACAAUUGAUUUAAAAGUCCUCAUUGAAAUUCCCUAUAUCUUGAUACUAAUGCUUAUAAUGUGUGAGCGUACACAGUAAUUGGGAAUUUUUACUAUUUUGUUCUGUAAUUAUAUUAUGCAGCACAUCAUUUGUUACUUGUAAAAUGUUGGUCUGGCUGGAAGGGAUACAUUAAAAUCAGAAGAGGGAAAAGACAACAGAAUGACAGAGCAAUGGAUCUGGCUGACAAGCGCCUUAAAAAGUAAAUUUGUAUAUCAUUCUUGUAUUAGUUUGGUUGAAAGAGACAGUUUUAUGAGGUGAUUUUACCUGCAUGAAAAUAUCAAAUGUUUAAUGAAUUUUAUCUUAUUAGGAUAUCACUUCACAUUUGAUUUCAUAGGCAUGUAUGGGAACACUGGCUGUCACAGUUGGCUUUCAGGGAAAAGUUACAGCACAUGAACAAUGAGGCCCUUCAGUUCUGGGCAGCUUGUCUUAUGUCUAAGGUGCACUUUUAGAAACUAUCUUUACUCACAAAUGUAUUAAGCAACAAUAAUCAGGUCAUGACAGUAAUGUAACUGUAUCUCCAGUUAGACUCCUAUUUCAAAUGCUGCUUUUUCAUGAGCUUCUCUGUUUUCGACAUCCAUUAGAUGAGCUUUCACUGUUAUACACUUUUGGUUUCAUGAAAUUUAUGUGUAAUGGUACAUUUGGUUGACUGUCUUCCCUUGUCCUUUUGUCAAGGGUUUUUCUCUAAGCAAUUUGUUUUUUUCCAACUAGACAAUGUUCUCUAUGUCAAAAAAAACCAAGUAUUUUUAAAAUUGAUGAUUUGACUCUCAUUGUACCAUUACCUACAUGUGUCCUAUGCCUCACCACAAACAAAAAUUAACUUGUUUGUUAACAUGAUAUUUCUUAUAUGAUGAUAAUAGUUUUUCAUUUUGGAACUUAAUUGGGAAAUAAUUGACUUCAUUAUGAGCUUUGAGUACAAAGUUUCGAGCAACUCAGCAAAUUUAUUAUAUCUCUAUUUAUUUAUCUUUUUACCAGGAAUUUAAAUAUCUAGUAAUAUAGAAAAAAGCUAUGAAAUCGUAGACUAAAGGUGAUAGGAAGUCCAUGAGCUCUCUCUAAUAAAUAUUACAAUCUUGAUGAUAAUGCAGUUGUAUUUUAUUCCCUUUUUGUUUUACUUAGGCCUGGAGGAUAUGGACCACUUUGCAUUUUACAAGAAUUGAAGAGAGGAACAGGAUGAGAAUGGCUUCACAAUACUCUGACAGAAUAUUACUACUUAAAGUAUGGAGAGGAAUGAAAAACUACAGAGCUGUCAGAAAAUUGAAACAGUUGCGGGGAGGUAAACUUGUGAUGAGCAUCAUGUACAUGAACUAUUCCACAGGGCAUUAACCUCAAAUUCUACAUGCUUGUUCUGUCUGAGCAAAAUCCCUAUUUUUUUGUUUUGUGUGCCAUACGCCCUAUAUAUUUUUAACUGAAAUCAGAAUUUGCAACCAAUGUGAAAGUCACAUUCUAGAAAUCAAUACUUUUUGCGGUUUCAGUUAUUCAACAACUGAAUUCCAUAUUGUCAUCAUGCAGGUUAAGUUUUGGUAAGUUAUUAACUUGAAAUGAGCAACAAAAAGUAGACAAUCAUUAGUGAUUAGUGCCCUGUAUUUUUAUAACACCAUUGUAAUUUAUCUUGACCUAUAAAAUACAAACAUUUAUCUUAAAACUUCUUUUUAGAAGCACCCCCACUACACAAAAGGUUUGACAUUUGAUUAUCAUGGGCUAACCCCUCUUGUGGUUACUUAAUGUGGCAUAAUAAUUAUUGUGGUUGGUUUAGCUGUUACCAUGGUGAUGGUUGUAAAGGAAACAAAGAUUCACUUGGUUUUUGUGAAAUAUAGAUAUAGGGUGCCAUUUAAAUUAUUAUUUCUCAUUGAUUUGUGUUAGAAGUGAAUGGUCAUGAUCAUUUUGGGUGAAUUAUUGAGAUGUUUUGUCGUUAGUUUUCUUAAUUUAUACUGAAAUGAAUAACAGGCAGAUGUUUUCAGCUUGAAAAAAUACAAAGCCCAUGUGACAAGUCUGUUUCAAAAAGGCAAUAGUGAAAUACCACCACUUAUUAUCUGAGUUGAGGUUGGUUGGUAGAGAAGUGAAGUAAGCUUAUGAAAACUUCAGUAGAUCAAAUAACUUGUUGGUACUUGUUCUCUUAAGUCCUGUUAAUGCAAACAUGCUUGUUUAUUAUUCACAAGAGCCUUCCCAAACUUUCUGUUGCUACUUUGGCAAAAGGCAUUUGUGAUGUCAAACCCUGUAAGAGCAUGGUAUGCUGGUAGAAGCUGACAAAGCUCUUGUCCAAGCUUUUCUAUGAAACAAUGUAUUGGAAGAUAGCAGAGCAUUUCCUUGGCCCAGUGUGGAAUGAUAACUGGUCACAUCUCAAAUGGUGAUAUGUAGAGAUACAAAGAAAAGGUGACUGAGCUACAAUGUAGCCAUGAUCAUGAGAGCUGUCUUCAGCAUGGAGAAACAAGUUUGUGUCUGCCAACUCAUCAUUCCACUUGGCUGGCAGAUUAGGUGGAUAGCUCAUGCUCCCCUAACUAUCUUAAAGUUUGAAGAAUCCUGCGAGCACUAACUUCUCACCAGGGUUAAGCACCCUCUUUGCAAUCUUUUACCAUGUACUGCUCGCAAAAAUUUUCAGGUUGGUCUUGUUUGCUGAAUUUGAGAUAAAGCUGUUCAAUGUUUCUGGGGGACUGGCGUGACUAUACUGGAUAUCCUCACUCCAUAACUGGUGGAUGUCCCUCAUCUGUCUGGUUCUUCAUAUUUGAUGGAGUUCUCCUUGCUAUAGCAAUCAAAUAAGACAACCACACAAGUUUGUUGCUAUAGCAAUUAAAUAAGACUGGCACACAAUUGCAGCCAUUCCUCCUGAAUGGGACAGUUAUUACCUUGAAAUACUUAUUUGCAGGCUCUCCAAAAUGUUGCUGAACCCACAUUCCUCCUCAUCUGCACAAUUACCAUACCAUGUCAAAUGAAUGCAGUUGAUAGUCUAGCAGCACCAUGUACAUGAAGGUUUGGUGGAACAAUAACGUCUUCAAGAAGUUAGCAUUUGUGCUGAAUCAUGAAGUAUGUAGGUCCAUACUUAAUUGAAUGUUACAUAAUUACACAUAAGCUCAUUGACUCCCCAGCUGAUCAACAAACUUCUUGCAAUCUAGAGCUCUUGUAAGAGCUUAUUGAUUUCCUGAAAGGCAGAAAAAGUUAUUGUGAUGGGGGCUAUUAUCAAAGCUCAUUGACUCUCUGUUUGACCAACCAACUUCUUACAAUCAGGAGCUCUUAUCAGAACUCAUUGACUCCCUGAUUGACCAACAAACAUCUUGGUAUUGGAACCUCUUAUCAGAGCUCAUUGACUCUGCAAUCAACUUAUAAACUUCAUGUACUUGUGAUCUGGAGCUCUUUUUGGAGGUCAUUGACUACUUGAUCAACUAACAAACUUCUUGCAAUUGGGAGCUCUUAUCAGAGCUCAUUGGAUCCCUGAUUGGCCAACAAACUUUCGAGUAUUGGGAGCUCUUAUCAGAGCUCAUUGACUCCACAAUCAACCAAUAAACUUCUUGUGAUCAGGAGCUCUUCUCAGAGCUCAUUGACUCCUUGAUCAACCAACAAACUUCAUGGUGUUGGGAGCUCUUAUCAGAGCCCAUUGACUCCCUGAUCAACCAACCAACUUCAUGCAAUGGGGAGCUUGUAUCAGAGCUCCUUGACUCCAUGAUCAACCAACAAACUUCUUGUGAUUAGGAGCUCUUCUUAGAGCUCAUUGACUCCCUGAUCAACCAACAAACUCUCUGGUAUUGGGAGCUCCUAUCAGAGCUCAUUGACUCAGCAAUUAACAGUAAACUUCUUGUGAGCAGGAGCUCUUCUAAGAGCUCAUUGACUCCCUGAUCCACCAACAAACUUCUUGGUGUUGGGAGCUCUUAUCAGAGCCCAUUGACUCCUUGACCAACCAGAGAGCUCUUUGACUCUAUGAUCAACUAACAAACUUCUUGUUAUCAGCAGCUCUUCUCAGAGCUCAUUGACUCCCUGAUCAACUAACAGAGUCUCUGGUAUUGGGAGUUCUUAUCAGAGCUCAAUGACUCCUUGAUCUACCAUCAAACUUCAUGGUGUUUGGAGCUCUUAUCAGAGCCCAUUGACUUCCUGAUCAACCAACAAACUCUCUGGUAUUGGGAGCUCUUAUCAGAGCUCAUUGACUUAGUAAUCAACAAUAAACUUCUUGUGAUCAGGAGCUCUUCUCAGAGCUCAUUGACUCCCUGAUCCACCAACAAACUUCAUGCAAUGGGGAACUUGUAUCAGAGCUCUUUGGCUCUAUGAUCGACCAACAAACUUCUUGUGAUCAGUAGCUCUUUUCAGAGCUCAUUGACUCCCUGAUCAACCAACAAACUCUCUGGUAUUGGGAGCUCUUAUCAAAGCUCAUUGACUCAAUUAAUCAACAUCCUUCUGUGGUCAGGAGCUCUUAUCAGAGCUCACUUACUCUCUGAUCAACCAACCAACUACAUGAAAUCAGGAGCUCUUAUCAGAGGUCAUUGACUCUCUGAUUGACCCAUAAAUGUCUUGGUAUUGGAAAUUCUUAUUAAUGCCCAUUGACUCCACAGUCAACUUACAAAAUACUUGUGAUCUGGAGCUCUUUUUGGAGGUCAUUUACUCUCUAAUCAACUGACAAACUUCUUGUAAUUGGAACUUAUUAUCAAUACUAGUCAACUCCCCAAGCAACACACAAAAUAAUGAUGGUGACCUGUUGACUGAGGGAUUGCCAAUGUCUAUAUGUAAACUGGAAGCUGAUGGGAAUAAUUUAUAUAUUCAUAGAAUACAUGAGGAUUUAUCUCUGCUUUUGCCUUGUUAUGUUUCUCCCAGUGUCCUUCAUGUUCUGGUCUGAUGAAAUUUAGAAGAAUCAUCACCAUGUUUACAUAGUUGUUCCCAAAACUUGAACUCCGUGAUGAAAUUCUCUCUCUUAAAUCUGCUGAACAAGAGAUGAAGUAUCACAAAGCAGGAGAUAUGUGUCUUUCCCCUUUAUAGUGGUAGAUACUGCCUUGUAUGUGUGGAUAUUCUUGUUUGUUAGAUCAGAACUUGCUACCUCAGCAGAGCUUCCAUCAAAAACUUAUGUGCUCAAACUGUGUGGGUGAGUGACUUUACUUCAAGUGUGUGAUUGUUGAUUAUAAGAGAUUACGAGCGGGUACUGUGAAUAUGUCUUUUUCAGCACCUUCUUAAAAUUUCUCGGCUAUGCAGCUAAGGUUUAAUGCAAUAUGAAAUCCUCCAGGCAAGUCAUAAUGUUCUCAAGCUCUCCAGGGAAUUCAUUUUGCCUUUGUACAUAAAGCAAAAUCAGUGAUAAGUUAUUUUUGGAGUGAAAAAUUUGCCAUUUACAUUUUUAGAGCAUCAUGGUUUUUUUGGGUUUCCUUAGCAAGUGUCACCAUAGUUAUGGGUAACAAACCAAAUAAAAUUAUUUCUCAUUAAGUAACUUCCAAAGUAUACCCCCCAAGAUUUACUGCUGAAAAUUUCCUGAACACAUAAAUAUUGGUACUUCCAAAAGCACCUCACUACUGCUAAUAGCAAGUCACUGACCCCACAAUUUGUCUUUGACUGAUGUAGUAAUGAUCUUUGGGUAUCAGGCUAUUAUAAUCUGAUGUCAAACCUUUUGUGCAGUGGGGUGCUAAAAGAUCAACUUUGUCUGGCUUCACCUCCUUGAUUAGUAUAGAUUAUUUUGAUAUUGCAGUGCAAACCAUCACAUUCUUUCAUGCACUGGUCAGAAGCCCCUAGCACGUGAUAGGCAUGCAAGUACAAACCAAGGAAAAAAAAAAGGGUUAUGAAGAAAAUUUUGUUGAGUUAAAUGAAGAACACACUCAGUUAGUUUUUGGUUUUUACACAACUGAGUCAAAGCACAGCCCGUUAGCAUUAACGGUGCACGAAAUCAUGUGAAGUGCUCAAGUUCUGUUAUAACUUGAACCAGAAGAUGCCCUUUGACUGAAACCAUAUCUGCUCAUUCGAGUGACUAUUUUUAAGAAGUUAAAAGUUGGAAUGACAGAAAAACCCUAGGUAUUCAAAAACCAAUAUAAUUAUAUUGUCAUCAAAUUAAAUGAAAAAUUGUUAUGAUGCACAAGAAAAAAAAUGCUGUUGAAAUACUAACCAAGUGAAAUGGGACCUUUGAUGCAUUAAAACAAUUUUGAAUCUCUUUCAAGAUGCUGCAGGGAGACACUUUUCCUUAAUAUUACUGAAAAAGUCAUUUCAAACAUGGGUGGCUAGAUGGCAGAGACAAGUAGAGCUUGCUCAGUUUGAGGACUUGAUUACCUACAAGGGUAAUAUGGCUGUAGCCAGGAGAGUAUUAGUUCAUUGGAAACACUGUAUCCUUACCAGUUUAAAAUGAUUCUACAUUUGAGAAAAUUUGAACCUUAUUGAAACAUUAUAACAGUCAUUAAUUACUUGUUUACAAAGGAUUUAAAAUUUUUAAAUGUUAUUAUGAAUGUAUUGCCACUGCCUUUCACCCUGUAACUGCCAUGAUUCUUUAUGUGGCUAUCAUACAUUUGAUGCAUACAAAGUCAUGUCUUGUCAGCUAAACUGAUUUCCACUCUUGCCUUGGGAAAAAAUUCAAUUCUUUGUAAAACUUCAACUCAUUUGUUGCCAGUAAUCAUUGUAUUGAUUCGGGUAUUUGUUUAUUGCAUAUAUAAUAACUAGGGUUUUUUUCACAUUUCCUUUGUUUCAAGCUCAUUUUCAUGCAUCACCAAGUGUGUCCAAAAAAAGGGAAUAUACCAUUUGAAAAAAAUUGACUCAUCACAUAUACCUUUAAAGAUCGAGAAAAUACGGCUUUAAUACUAAGGUUACAGUGGCACAAAAUUUGAUUUUCCUGGCAAUGGUUUUGAUUAACUCCACUCAAAGACAUUUCUCUGAGGAAGGAUAUGUACAAAAAUGAAGAUGUUGCUGCCAACUAUUAUGAAAAACAUUUGCUGGUUAGUUUCCAUGCUACCUUUAUUUAAAUUUCAAUUUAACUAAAUGUAACAUUGUUUGAUUUCUGAUUAAAACAAAAUCAGUUAUGGUGUUUGCUGGUACAGCUGUAAAUGCCAUGCUCUUUGAUCAUACAUUACAUGUAAACACCUACACAGUUUAUGCGUUAUAACUUAAUUAUUUCUUUGCAGACAAUCUGCUUCAAUGCUCUUCAUUUGCAAUCAAUACAGAGAAGACUAAAAGAAAUGCGAGUGAAGAUGGCUAAUGAUCUGCAUAAGAGACUUGUAAGUAUAGGCAGUGCAAAUAAUGAUUUGGUAGUCUGCACUUUAAUUUAUUAUUACUACGCAUGAUCACUAAAAAGCAGUAGCACUUGCUGCAAUGAACGUGUCAAAACAAACGUAUAUUUACUGUGAAAGAAAAAACAUUGGGGUUACAUCAUUUAUUCUUGAGUGUUGUUUGUCUCGUGACGUGGUCAUUUCUGAAAUGUAUUGCAGCAUUUUGACUAAAUCCUUAGAGUCCUCUGCUGGCAAUUUGGUUGAUAGGCUGGUUAGUUAUCAACUGUUUUUUUUUUUUUUUCCACAUUUUUUAUUGCCAUUUUGAAAAUAAAAAAGUGUUUACAAGACUCUCAGUAUACUCUAUUUACAUUUGUAAGCUAUUAUUAAUAAUAAAUUAAAUAAGUGCCAUCUAUAUAAUAACCACUUAGCCUGAAAUUGUUUCUGUGUAUUGUUUUUAACAGCAAUGUAUUUCUCAGUUCUAUAUUUGACGUCUACUUGUUUUAAGAAAACUUCACAUUCUGGAUAUCAACUGUUGAUAGUCACAAUUGUACCUCUACUGUGAAACAUGUUCUUACAGAUAUCAUGCAAAGGCACAGUUCUAAUGUUUUGGUAGUUGGUGGUUAUAAUCACUUUUAAGUUGAAGUUAGGAAUAAUUUUCAGCAAAGACUGUCACAUCACCAAAUGUUUAAUUUAGUUUUAGUGGACUAAAGCAUGGAUUGAAUUAAGUUUUGUUUUUUUAGCAUUUAUUCAGACAUGUUGGUGCACAAUGAGACUAAAUUUUUCACAUUUCUCUCUUUGAAAUAAAUCUGAAUUCAAUAAAAGAUACUACUUACAACUUGGUCCUGAGGUUUUUUGGAGUGAGGGGAUCUAUAAAUUUCACAUAAUAUUUUUACAAUGUUCAAGAAUAUGUAUUAAACAUAAUUUGAACCCUCUACGGGCUACAAGCAAACUGGAAUGUAAAUGUCAUGUCAAUAAUUUUUUUGUUUUUUUUUAGCAACUUCAAAGGGUGUGGAGCAUUUGGCUAAAGCGAUGUGAGCAUUCUGAGGAGCUGAAGCUUCAUGCAGUGUCCAAGAGAGCAAGAGCACAUUACAAGUAUGAAAAAUAAACAACACAUAUAAAGACAUGUUGCUCUGGAAUAAAAAGUGGCUUUAAGUAGAAAGUUGGCAUGAAACUUUGCAGAAGUUGUAUGGUACAUACAGAUGCACACUAAUGAAGACACUCUGCUCCUGCUUUUACUUGUGCUUCUUCCUGAGAUGUAAAACAAUAUUCCAGCUGAUAAAAACAAGGGUACAAAAAUUUCAAAGGAGUUUGUUUUGCAAUAUUUUGUAGAUCCUUGUCUUUUUUUUUUUUUUUUUUUGUUUUUUGGUGAUUUCUUUUUAUUCUACAGAUACACUACUUUUAUACUGGAUGUACCAGUGUCUGGAUCUAACUUUUUAGAUAUUAUAUUUUGUUCCAUAGAAAAUAAUGGGUCAUCAUUCAUCUGGAUCCUUGGUUUGUGAGAAGCAUUUUAUUAUAGCUUCCUAUUAUUUUCUUACUGAUAUUGUGUUUUAAUUUAGUCUUCAGCUGAAGAGGAAACUCUUUGUUGUUUGGGUGAGGUACUGUCAAUGGAGACGAUUCAGAAAAUCUCAGUAUGCAAAAGCUGAUCAUCAUUUCUGUGAAAAAGCAUUGCCCAGGUUUGUAUUUAACUUUUUCUGUUAUUCAUCACUAAGAAAAAAAUUGUCUCACUGAAGUUUGCAACUCCGAUGACACCAUUUGAUUUGUUUGUAGUUUUUCAAAGUCUUGGCCAUCUGAUUUCACUGUUUUACAUCACCCAUGUUUUGACAUGCUGAACUAAUAGCCUCUAGCUUCUUCUCAACACCUUGAUUAAUUUUUAAAGUAUGGCAGGUUUAAUGGGGAAGGGGACUUUUAGUUAUUUAUUUUAUUAUUUACAUAGUAUGCAUUGUGUGAUGAUGGCAUUUGUGAAAUUUAAUGACUGUCACAAUUUUAUUAAAGUGAUGUGAUUUUCUUGAAGUAAGUCAGCUUUCCUUCAUUUUAGGUAUUUUUGCCGAAUGAUGAUUUUUGUUGAUCUCAUGCAUUCUCAGAAAGAAACUAUCCUUGCUUCCAAGAAGUUCAGACGGUAAGUCAGAUACAGAUUUCAGGUCUUUGUAAAGUUGUAUUUCUAUAUUUAUUCUAGAUAUAUCUUUGUGAAUGGAGAGUACUUUUUCAAAGCAAGUGGAAAAAGUUCAAACUGUUUGGAUUUGACUUUGCUGAUGGCUGAUCAACAUUGCUUUGUGCACUGAGAUACAUGUUUUAAGCAAUUUUUAUCAAGUUGAAUUAUGUAUUGUAUCUCGGUGGCUUUACUUGUAAAUUUUCAUUUUAGUGAAGCACUUUUGGCCAAGUCAUUUUACUUGUGGUGGAGGAAAUACCAGCUUAAGAUGGACAUCAGAAUGAUGGAAAGGAUGGUAUGAAAUUGUCCACUUUCAAUUUUUGUUGUACUUUAAUUCAUGAGUCCAUUGUGUUGGUUUUGUUUUAUUUUUGUUGUUAUAUUUGCCGCUGAUUUCGAAUGAAAAAGCACAGUUGGCUUACCUGUAUACAGGAGAUACUUUUGCCAGGGAUUACACAAACUUUAGUAGCAAAAAAACCUUACUUAUCUGUACAUCCAUUUAGGCUUUACCUGUUGUUUAGGAGCAUCUCUUUUCGGGUUGGAUUUGAAUUACAUUUCUGACAUUGACAUUGUCAUCCUGCAAGCAGAGUUGCCUUUUGAUGGAAGGGAACGCUGCUCGCAUGGUAUGACAGUGUCUUUUUGACGGGAUAAAUCUUCCGAGUAGAGCUUGGACAUCUGAAGUAUACUUUGGAUGUAGUUCCUUAGACUAAGACUUGAGAUUAUUUUGGAAUUAUUAUAUGACUGAUUGGUUAAGCCUUUGACCCUUUAAGGUGAUUAGCUUCUAAUUUCUCUUUACGUUAUCACCCUCGAAUCAAACAUUGAGGUCAAAAGUUAAGGAAAUGAUCAGCAACUAAUAGAGCUUUUGAUUGUUAAACAAAUUCUCCUUGUCAGCACCUGUGGAAAUGUAGAGCGAACAGAAUAUGCAUAUUGAUAUUAGGGUGUAAAGGGUUGAAAGGAAGGAUACAUCCAAUGAGAAAUUUCUUUUCUGUUUGUCAAGGCCAUUCUUCAUAAUGAUGAAGUUGUAAAGAGGCACUGUCUUCGUUUGUGGGUUCAACGAGCACGGAAAGUGUUACGUGAAAGAAGGCUUGAGGUUUGUGAUCCACUCAACACUCCAAAUAGAUAUUUAGUAUCUGUAUUUGAAUUUCUUGACAGAAUAACGAGGUUUUUAAAUGGCACCGAUUAAUCUCUGAUAUGGUCGCAGGCACUGAUUUCUGGUUGAGCGGCCGUGAGUCUAUGGCCUUAUUUUUCUGGGAUGCUGUUGCGGCCCAUGUGAAAAAUACAUCGGCUGUGGCAAACUUUGUGCCAAAAAUUCUCAAAUUCAAAAUUUUGGUAAUUCAAGUCAGUAGGCUACAACAGCCUCCUACGGUUUUUUGCAGCAUUGGAAUACUUGCAUAAACGCGAUCUUAACUCGCAGUAAAAGUUGUUCUUGAGAAAGAAAGAGAUUCUUGUUUACUCUAUCAGCCUUUCAAUCUCUGCAAUCUAAGUGGCUACACUACUCGCUAUCUAUUGCGUGAUAGUGAGCGUGGAGCAUUUGUGAAUUAUCUGCACAUGGCAUCACUUAUUUGUAUCGUUACUCAGAAAGAACACGAGUCUGUCUUUUUAAGUUUUGAAAAAACCAAUUAGAUUAUUCGCUCUCACUUUAUAUACCCGAUGAUCGAUUUGGGUCUCUCCGUCAUUAAGUAUCACGCGAUAGAAAUAUCUUGCUUAUUGUCUUAUUGUUAAAAUACGAGGAUAGCCAGGGGUGAAGAUCCAAGGGUUCAUAAUACCCCUUUUUCACUUUGUCAAGAAAACUGAUAAUUUUUAUUAACAAAACAACCCCACCUUCUCCAAAAUGCUAGUAAGACGAAAUGACAAGAAACUACCUAUUGUUGAAAGUCUGCCCAACCUUACACCUGUGGUUAAAUAUUUGUGCCCUUUUUUGUGGAUUUAAUCAGACACAUUGCGCCUUCAGCAGGGAAUGAAUUGUUGCAUCAUUUGAAUGAUACCGGGACGACAUGUUGAUCGUAGGUGACUGAUGAAGUGUUUCAAACUUGACUUUCAGGUUGUUGCCGAUGAUCAUUACCAUCAGAGAUUGUUACUGAUGGGAAUAAGAAGAUGGAGAGAGUUCAACCAAGAAAUGAAAGCAAGGUAUUGCUCAUCAGUGACAAGUGAUUAAUUGGGCCGAUGGGAAUGCUCUAAGACAGCAAACUCUUUUCUUGUCAAAUGCUUGUUACAACCAAAACGAUCAGAGGUGGCUAUAUUCCAUAGGCUGUUGUCAGAACUUCUGUGACAUCUCAUUGUGUGUUCUUUGCUGUAAGGACUAAGGAGACAUUUCCCCAGUUUCAGUAUGGUAAUGUUAUUCUAAAAAGCAACAUGGAUGUUAGGGAUGGGAAAACGGAUUGCUUUUGAAAAGACUAAAAAUGUCGGACUAAUAUUUCCAUUCUUCUAGGGACGUGUGCAGACCAUGAUGAACCUCCCUUACAUUUGGUUAUUUUUCUUUCUCACCAGUCGUUCAUUGCAGCAUUUAUCAGUAAGGCAUUACUACAUCAAUCUGUUAAAAAGGACUUGGACUGCAUGGAACCGGGUGAGUACCGCUCUCGAAAUCCACGGUUGCUAUAAAAACUCUUCUUUGUGACAAUUUUGUCAUCCAUCACAUAAAUGCAGAGUAAUUCCAUCGUACGUUUAAGCUUUGCUGAUUUACAUCAGCAACUUUUCCUUGACAAAUUCUCCCUUGACAAGUUUCCUUGUCAGUACAGAUUCCUGACAAGUCCCUUUGUCCGUCAAAUGACACAUCAAAUCUAUACAACGGGGAAUUGUUGAGGAAUCUGUACUCUGGCGCGCCAGUGUUCCAUGGCAAGUCCCGUUGACAAGUUUUCUUUGCUCAUGUAAACAGCCAGCAAUUUUGCUGUGACAAGUACAUUUGCUAUGGAAUUGGUAAUGAUAGCUUUCUGAGUACACUAAAUGGCUUUUAGAGGAUGUGUAACAAAAGUUUUGAAAAUUUUAGGAAGAUCUUUUUGAAAGGCUAUCUUUAAUACCAGAUGAAAUCGUAACAUUUUCAUAAUUAAGGACUUUCAAACGAUAUUAAUUGUUACCUCCCUUUCUGUCCUUCUUUCAGUUUGUUUAUUUCAGACAGGUGAAAUGGCGAAAACAGACUCGUGCUUGCCUUCAUUAUCAACGGCGUCUUCUUUCACAAGUAGUCGCUGCUUGGAAGGUGAGCAUUUGGAGAUUUAGUUCCGUGUAUUCCAUGACGGAGAGACUCGUUUGAUUGUCUCGUAACAUAGCUUUAUGUGAGCUAAUGUGUGAGCGGUGUCUCUUUUGUCUGAAUAGUAUUUGAUGAUUGCUUAACAUGUAAUCUCUGGCUCAGGUAUUAGCAGUCUUCAUAUGCUGAGAGGUGGUACAUUCGAUAGUCAAUGAUCGAAAGAAGGCAAGGUUUUCAGUCUGCUCUACUGUCUCAGCCGCUUGUGCUUCUUCUCUUUAGGAUCAUUACCAACACGUAAAGGCUGUUGAAACACACUGUGAAGAGAGACUUCAAACCCGCAAUAUGGAUCGACUGAGGUAACGAAAAUAUUUAUUGGGAUUGUCAUCGUACUGAUUCUUAUCAAGGUUGGGAAUUUUAUGUCUUGCGUACGAGAGGAUUUCAAUCGACAAUGAUAUCCCUUAAGAGCUGUGUCCUUAUCGUACUAGGGGUAGGUAAAGUACAGAGUACAAAAUUGUUAAAUGGAAGAGACUUUAUUUGGAGGAGGAAGGUUAAUUUGAUCAAGGAAGAGCAACCGAGUGAAGUCUCCCCUUUGAUGUCGCAGAUUAAAUUUCCUUGGAUACAUUUCAUGUUCUUCAGAUAUGCAUUUGAAACAUGGAAGAAAAACAGUACAGUAGAGAAAGAGCAGAAAAGGAAUAAAAUUAUUGGUGACAGAUUUUUUGCAAAAGCAAUACUUUUCAAGGUAAGUCAGAGAUCCAAACAAAGCUGUAGUAUACGUGCGUUCAGUAGGUCAAUCAAUCAUCCAGUCAUUCACUCAGACAGUCAGCUACAUGUGGUCAGUUCGUCAGUCACAUAGUUAGACGGUCAGUCAGUUCGUCACUUGAUAGCGAAAAAAGUUAUCAGUCUUCAACAAGGGCCUCUGCGACAAUUUUAGUAAAAGAUAAGGACGUUUACUUGAGAUAUUUGGUUCCUUUUCAGUGUUUUUCAUCUUGGAGAGAAUUUGCAGCUCACCGAGCAGUUAGGAAAUGGCAACAGUGGGAACGUGUUAGGGAAAUUCAGCAGAAACUUGAUAAAGGUCUGUACACUUUGCUUUUUUUCCCCUUUUUCUCCUACAUCAAGAAACAUUGUACACCCAAUCUCGGUUGUUGGGCUUCGGUUGCUUUCUUUCUAUUUCUGUUACCACUUCAGCUUUUAAAGGCGCGUAAAAAUCUGAGAUGAUUUUAUUCCUGUAAUGAUUGUUCAGCUCAUUCGCCUGUGUUACUCUAAACUAUUAUCAGUCUGUGGCAAUGGAUCACGCUCCAAUGGAGGCGAACUCGGUUUGCAUUGACAGUGUGAUUUGUUCGCCAGGUAAAUUGUACCGCUCAUUCCGCGCAUGGAAGUCAUUUAAACGGAAGUCGGUACAUGACAAAACUCUGAGAAACAGGGCUUUCGACCACUAUGAAAAGUCACUGCUCAAGAAAGCCAUGUUCUCUUGGAAAGGCUACAUACACCUGUGUUUUAGGAUCAAGGUGAGUCUUGGUUGAGGUUUUUUUUUUUUUUGCUUAAUGUAAACGUAAAAAAGUCUUUCUCCUCAAACACAGAGGAUGAUCUUUGUGUGGUUUGUUUGUUAAAAUGUUCCCCAUCAGUUACAUUAGGCGAAGCCCUUGCCCCAUACAAGCUAAACAACUGAUUAAAUAAGAAUUAGAGUUUGUAAAUGUGUUUCCCUUUAGAUUCUGCAAAGGCAGAGUAUGUGGCUUCACAAUCGAAGAAUUACUGUCGCAUUCUUCAGGAAAUGGCAGAAACAGGCAAGCAUUCUAAGAUACCAUAUUGUUUAUAUUUAAGUGUCGUUCUAAAAGGAGUGGUGCCUAUAUUGGUAUGCUAAAAACUCUCUACAUUUUGUAGAAAGACCACAAAACCUUCCAUAAAGUUAUGCACCUGAACAAUAUUAUGAGUUUUAUCUUGUGCUCAACAAAUGCAUGAACAUAUUCCACACCAGAUUUUAUGCCUUUAAGUUCACUAGAUAACAAUCAACUGUAAAUUUUAGCAUGGCGUUGUAGUUUACGAAAAGAGACAGACAGUACUGGCUUUGUGGCAUUGGAGUGUUACACUGCAAAGAAAGGUGAGUAAGUGUUAAACAUACAUCAAGGAGUUUCAGUUGAUGGUCGAAAGUUUUCCCGUGAUUGCGUUGGUUUUUCCUUACUUUGCAUCGUGAUUGGUCUAGGAGAAUUGCGCCACCCUUCAACCAAUCAGAUGUAAAACCAAACUUAAUCGCCGCUUUGUCACGCACGUUUUCCCGAAAUGUAGGCAGUUAUUUUGGUUUUGUUUUGAGUAGUCCUUGGGCCUUUAUUAAAUUUUCCUGUGAUACUUUGGUUUUGUCAAGCGUUACAUGUCGUCCUUGAGUAGCGUUGUGUUACAAAGUCAGACCUGUAAAUCAAGUGAGAGCGGGUAUGCUACGAUAAUUUAGUUUUCCGAGCUUUCUCCGAUCUACGGCAUGUAGAUGGAAUUUUUGAAGUGAAGAGUAUAUCGGGCGAGGUGUUAGGCUAGAUAAUAGGGGUUCAGCAGACAAUAGGACAGGACAAUGGCAGGUAUGUAAAUGCGGUAAUUCUUAACAAUUGCCUCGCUUGAAGAUCAUACUAACAUUUACCUUGCUCGCAACGUGUGCUUGCGUAACUCAGUUGAUAGCAGAAUUCUGGAAAAGCCAGCUUCAGGUAUGUCAAUUAUCAGUCAUAACUAAGGCAACAACAACCAAUGCUUAAUUUUUUGUGAUUUUAAAGGCAUUUUACGCCCUUUUGGAGUACGCAAUCUCACGCAAGAAGAAAGCAGUUCGAAUCACCCGAGCUUUGGAAGAACGAAGACACAGGCUUUUGCGAGCAGGUGUCAAACAGUGGAUGAAGGUGUGUUAAUGAACUUUAUAGCUAAAUAAGUAAUAUUUUGACUUGUGGAUGAUAUACAUGUACAAGUAAAGAAAUGAUCCCCGCAUUUUCUGUCAUUUCUUUAAUUGGAGCACGCCUUCCAGAAUUGUUUUUUACGUCCUAAGUAAGAUCAUCAUUCUUUAAUCUUGUGUUGUCUGGCAUUUGUUAUUUCACUCUCAUGUUCUCUCUGAGUUCCCCAUGAGCCUCAGAUCUUACGAUUUCGCUGUGAGAUGCUCUACGAACUGAGUUUACGAGAACUCCUUUGUCAAGAACGCUAUAUAUUAGGUUCAUAUGUGACAAACGGUCUGCCUACGGCGGGAAUCAGCAAUGUCGAAAGCAUCCUGUGUAGAUGUGCAUGGAGUAAAAAGAUUGUAAAUUUUAAACCCCGUAGUUUAAUUAUGAAUAAGAUAUGCUAAGCAUGUGUCAUGGAUGAAAGGUACAUUCAUUCUACGUGUUCGGAUUCUAGGUUGGGUUUCACUUGGCAUCAGAGAGGUCAAGGUUAGCUCAAGAAAGACAGCUGGAGGUAACGGCAUUUCUUUAUUGGAUUUUAUUCAUCGAAUGUACCUUACACUAUUUCAUUUUCAACUAUAUGCGAUCCUUUUGUUUGGUAGGUUGCUCAUUCUUUACACCAGUGUGUGUAUCGCUGUGCAAUUCACUGGAGAAGAGUAACGGCCAAUAGAGUUCGACAAAGAGGAGGGAAACCGAGGCCCAGACGAUUGAUGAGUCCAAAACUUGAUGGGCCAGAUACCACGUCACUGAAGAGUUCGCACGCAGCACACUCGAUUCAGCCCUCCACAUACAGCUGGCAAGUUGAAAGGUUCGGGAAAAUACAUUCCUUGAAUUUCCUAAUACUUUCUGAUAUUGAGCUGCUAAUUGGGCUUCUUUAAACAAAACAGGCUAACUAUAUGUUCUGUCAGCUCUAAAACUCAGCUAAGCGAUCCCAGACUUUUCUGUUUGUAAAGCUUAUAGCACACGAACAGUGUGAACGAAAGCAUAGUUCAUUGUGUUCGGAUAGUACCAGUGAACCGGAGCAAACUGUUUAAAAGGAAUAUUCCAUAAGGAAUCCAGUACUGCAAAAUGAGCCACCAGACUUUUAAAACACUGAGUUUUCUAUGAUAACGUCCCUCUUUACUAAUUAGAAUCGAUACUCAUUUCUUCUUUGUAGCCAACUAGUUCAUUGUCUGCUAAGUACAAUAAAUAAGACCAAUUCUACUUAUAUGAACUUCGUCAUGGGCCUUGCUUACCAUAGAGUCUCUAUGGCUCAGUGAAAGAGCAUCGGAGCGCGGAAUCUGAAGGUCUGAGGUUCGAUUCCUCAUGGGGACCCAGAAUUUUUUUCUUGUCCCACGCUCAUGACUAGACGAAAAACAUAUUUCUCCAUUUCUACUCUGUGUCCUUAGAGUUAGUAGAGGGCCGUCUUAAACUUUGGUUUCCUUUCUGUACCUUUCGCUAGCUACUCUUUUAUUUUGUCCUCCCAGGUGACUCCAUAGGUAAAGUGAAUGAUAAAGAACUACAAUGGAACUGUACCUUCACUUAGGUCCAGACACUUGAUUGAUCUUAUGGCUAUUUUUUCCUUAUUGAUGAUAUAGGAUUGCCUCAGAAACCUUUAAGGAGCGCCCCAGGCCAAGAAAACCCGAUUACUUAAGAGAGUCUUUUGACGUCGCCGAAAUAUCUAUGUCGACGAACCUAUUCCCACGCAUGUCGUCCGUGCGUGUCACUGCGAGAGAGGAGGAUGACGAAGCAAAACCUCGGACCUCUCCGCCCCGACCUACUUCUCAAAUGAGAACAAUUAUUCAUCCCUGCGAGAGGAAAGCUGGGGAAGAAUCUUUCGUGUUUCCCUCGUCUUCAGGGGAAGAAUCUUUCGACGGCAGAGAAGGAUCAAAAAGAGUACGAACAGAUGAACGCGGUAAGAUGCCACAUUUUACUUCGUCUGUUAGUACUUGUUCGAAAUUACAUCAACUGAGUACUUUUGAAUUUUAAGGGGAGGUAGACAAUUUGGAUGAGUAUUUACGUAGGAAACUUAUCCAAGAGUCUUCUCCGAAAGCUAAAUCCAAAAGUGCGAAAACCGUCGGUUAUUGUUUUCAGACUCAUCAAAAGCUGUGGUCCAUUCCAAAGGACAGCCUGAGCCAGCAUCAAAACCCGCUCAAAUGCCAGCUUCCGUUGCACCCCCUAUCCACACGAGACCAACAGGAGGAGCUGAACGAAGAACUGUGUUGUUACCUCCCUCAUCCUUCACUCUGCCCACUCGUACAAAAAGUAGUCCGCUGCAACCCACUGUGUCAGACGCAGCGGAGGUGCAGGCUUCUUCGUCAACACAUCCAGGUUCAUCUCCCCGCACUUCCUUCGACAGCGAAAAAGACGUGGUGUCUAGUCCUUCAACAACUUCGUCGCCGAGUAAAAACUCUGAAGAGGAAAACAAUUCUGCUGGAGAAGUUGGCGAGGAAGAAGACACCAACGAAGGAGAGUGGGAUAUAGAAGCUGAACGUGACAGGUUAAAGCUGGAUGCAAUAGAAGGAGCGCCGAAGAGCGGCUUUUUCUGUGCGCUAAAAAAGGAAGGGAAUCUCCAAGAACGUGUUACCCACAUGAAAAAUGUUCUUCAAGAGUUUCACGACAUGAAAGUUGCCUAUAGGUAAAUGUAUUUUUUCUCAGUUUACGUCGUGAAUUUUUUCAGUAGUACUUUUGUCACUUUUGGGUAAAGAUCUUCCGAACACGCUGUAAUAACACCGAAAUCAAAGGUCAAAGUAGUUUUUUUUUUCUGUUCGCCGAUGUGGCAUACAGUUAUAGCCAAACCACGUCAAAUCCGUUGUUAAAUCAAACUCACGCCGCGGUUUUUAAGUCGAACGGAGAACGUAAACCUGUAUUGAAUAGCAGAGUCAAAGUACAUACGCAGAGUAAGCUUAAAAGUAAACACCAGUGUUUUGAUUUGAAUUGAUCCUUUAUCAGUGCCAUCGUGCGUAUUAAGUACAAAUAAAACCGUAUUCGUAAAUCAACCAUGUUUGUGACGCUCUUUCCUCUUAUUUUGUCAGUCACAAAAAGAAACAGCGCGAUCAGCUGUCCGUGUGGGUUGAGGAACAGAUACAGGACCUGGGACCGAAUCACCAGGAUGAGGAGCUGUUACAAACACAACAGUGCUUGCACGAGGUAAAAUCUCGGCUUGGUAUAAUUGCUCCGGUGAUUGUAUAUAGAGAUGCGCGCGUCCUGAUUGGUUCAGGAUUGCGUCAUAUUUCGCUUUAAUCACCUCGCGCGAGUUGAUUAUAGCGGGAGCGCUAAAUUUCAAAAUGGCUGCCUCGCGUUUGUCAGCGUUACCGAGGAAGUGAUGAACACUAUAAAAAAAUCUAAUUUUGAAGAGGGCAAAGAUCUUAUUAAGUUUCACUUUUCUAAAGAAAAAUAUGAAUUUUUGCUGAUCAAAUUCUAGUGGAAAUUGGCUCCUUAUCUCGUUACAAGUAAUCAAAACAAUCAAAACAGAAUAGUUUCAAAAUCAAAACGAAUAUUUACAACAUAAUUCGAAAGCACCUAAGCAGUCAUACUGAAACAAUGAUUCGACAAUUGUAUUGUUGAAUAAUCCUCUCGACUUUGUCUUGGGGAUUAUUCAGCAAUAUUCACUGUGCCGGAGGCGAAUAAUUAUUUAAUAAUACUUUACACUAAAACAUCAUAUUGGCACUUUGUUAUGUUCCGUGUCAUUUGACAUUUAUCUCCUUGGUGUUUUGCAGUUGAUUGAGGAAGUAAACAAAAUUGCUGAAAAAAUAAAACGGACGCGACCCUUGGUUGAACAAGUGGCGUUGAAUAUUAGAGAACUGAUACAGCAAACAGGACGCGGGGGACUGGGCUAGCUGGUUUAUCCACUACUACUCAGGCAUGUCAGCAUGGUCCUGUCUGCCAAAGGUGAACGUGUUCUUUGCCAUUUCUUACUUAUAAAGGGACAUACAAGGAAUAUGGCUAAAGAGGAAUGAAUAUGGGACAGACUUUCUGUAAUAGCAAAUAGCAAAUGUUGAAUGCCUGGAGCAGAAAAAGUGAAAACAAAAGCAGCUUGUGUAACGUGCCACGUCUGCCUAAGGUAGACUGAGCAAGAGACAUUGUUGCAACUGUUGACAUUAGUGAAAGAUAAAAGCCGGUUCCACUUCCAGAAUACACCGCAAUAAGUUACAAGUGAACAAGGAAAUUAGACGUUCUCAGUUGUUCAAAAUUCGAAUUAGGUUUGGAUAAUACCAACUUAUCAAUUGAAAUCUUCAUGGAAGUCUUUCUUUUACGAUUACCUGUGCUUGUCCAUGAGCUAAAGAUUUUGAAAUGUAGAUUGUGCACUGUUACACUAACAAUGCAUCUUCCUAAGAAAAUAAACACCAC